GAAACAGAUUACGCUUGUCCUAGAUGUAUUGUCAAAUUAAACAGGGAUGGACAUAGAAGAUAAAAAACAACGAAAUUCAUAGCAGUUGCUGGCAGUUGUUAAUGACAAUCUACAAGACACCUUGUACAAAGCUGAUGUGACAUUUCUGAAGACUUUUCUGAGCAGUCAAGUGUUGGGAUUACCAUACUGAGAAUUCAACAGUUGGAAUUAUAACAUUCCUGACUUUAUUCCUAAAAAGCAAACCUGGUUCUUUGUCUCUACAGAGUAAGUAACAGGUAUCAUACUUGAUUAGAUACUUAAAACUUUUACUGAAAUAACGCAGAAACAUAUCCUAAUCUACCAAACAUAUGUCAACACUGUGUGAAGAAUCGUUACCAACAAAAGAGAAAAGUUACUCCGCUGAAACAUCAGUUUGUGAUCCGUUAUUACGAACAUUCAUUUUAUCCGAAUUAAAGUACAGUACUACAAAAUAAAUAGACCGUGUUCGCAAGGCAAAGAAUGCAGUAAAAUAAAAAUAAUCAUUAUAUUUUUUUUCAAUCUUAUCAUUUCCAAUUCUUAUCAUGAAAAGUAAAGAUAACAAAGACAUCAAUCCCAUAAAUCAUAUAAAGAAUACAAAAUUGAAAGUAAAGCAAACACGAACCCCUGGAAACAGUUGAGUUGGGAUAAGAUAUCUAGGAGGAGUACACAUAAUCCAAAAGAGAAGGAAAUAGUAAAUAUUUAAUGAAGCAAAUUGACUAUGAUUUAUAUGUUAGAUGAUUUUUUUUAAUCGUUUUACUAUCAUAUUAGUAAGCAAUACAAUCAUGUACUUCCUCCAUUAGUUGUAAUAUUUAUCAUAUAGAUAAAUUAGAAUUGAUUUUAAUGUAGAAUUUACGGUUUGAAUAAUAUAGACCUGUUCUUUCAAGUACACCUGAUCCCACUUAAAAUGGCACUUGCACUCAAUUUAUUGCACUUUUCGGAACGGCCUGACCCUUUCUUCAGGACAUAAAAAGAUGAAAGAAAACUUUACAUGUAGUGAUGUACAUCUACGCAGUUUUGCAAACAAUUUAUACAGUCAUCUCAAUAGCCAUUCAUUUUCCUACCCUUUGUCAGGAAUCUGCAGUUCAGUGACGUCUGGAUAUAUUUGUGACCAAAAUGCCCGGAAGUGUGAAACAACGAUCAUCAUUGAAAACUAUCUAACCAUGAUACAUCCAAGAUUUUCUGCAGUAUUUGCUGCUAAUGGAAAACUUUACCCAUAUUCCGUGAAAAACACAACGUCUGCCGACCCAGUUCCUGUCAACGAAGUGAUAACAGCAGACGGUUGGGAGACACCUCGCGUUGUCACAGUCGCCAACCGAUCAAUUCCCGCUCCUGAUAUCAUCGUAUAUGAAGGUCAAACUGUAGUCGUUCACGUGAUCAACAAAAUGCAUUCUGAUUCGUUAACUAUACACUGGCACGGUCUUCAUCAACACAACACGCCGUAUAUGGAUGGUGUACCUUUCAUUACUCAGUGCCCAAUUUUACCUGGGCAAAGGUUCACAUAUAAAUUCCAAGCAUAUCCACAGGGUUCUUUUUGGUAUCAUUCUCAUGCUGGAACGCAGCGAUCGAACGGAUUAGCAGGUGCUUUCAUUGUCAGGAAGAGAGAGCGUAAUCCGGUUGAAGAACAUAUUUUACAGGUGAUGGAAUGGAACCAUAACUAUGAUACAGUAACACAAAACAUACUUCAUGAGCAUGGCGUAAUUGAAAAUAGGAUACGACAACAAGAAUCCGUGUCUCAUGAUGGGAUGUCUUUCGGUCGUAUGGUUUUCCAUUCUGCUCUCAUAAAUGGUAAAGGGCGUUAUUAUUUUGAUCAUGCAACAAAAAAACAUAAUGGAGCACCCUUAGAAAUAUUUCAUGUAAAGAAAGGUUUUACAUACCGAUUUCGCGUUUUAGCAAUUGGUGCCAAUUUUCCGUUUAGGAUUUCUGUUGACGGACAUUAUUUAACGGUGAUAGAAUCGGACGGUUAUCCUAUUCGACCAAUGAUAGCGGAAUCUUUUAUAAUAAAUCCAGGUGAAAGAUUCGAUUUUCUCCUCGAGGCUAUUCGUCCUAUUGGAAAUUACUGGAUCCGUGGAAAAACACUUGAGAAACGUCGCCACACAAUUGCAGAAGCCGUUUUGAGGUAUGAAGGCGCAGAAGACAUCGAACCAAAAACAGAAAGGGGCACAUGCUCUGAAUACGACCCCUGUCGCGUUUUAAACUGUCCAUUCUCUUCUUUUGGAUUUGCUAAAGGAAUAGAAUGCAUUCCGUUUGAUCACCUAAAAUCCAGUGUUGAAGAUGAUCCAGCUCCCCCUUAUAUUCCGGGAAGGUUUCAAGAGCAUUUCUUAAAUUUUGGAUUUCUAGGAAAAAAUCCAUCAGUCAGUGGGACGGAAUUUGAAAUGCCAUUGGUCUCCGCAUUAACGCAACCAAAGGAAGUGAAUACGCGAUGUGAAGGCCGAUGCCGCGAGGGAUAUGAGUGUAAAUGCACGUAUUCGUUGGAUAUUAGAAACGGAGACACUAUUCAACUUGUGCUGUCGAACUUAGGCAUGGGAAGUGGAUGGUAUCAUCCAAUUCAUAUGCAUGGCCAUUCUUUUUACGUCGUCAAGAUGGGGUAUGGUACAUUUAAUGAAAAGUAUGGGUUCCUCGGUAAACAAAACGAAGACAUAGAUUGUAGUGGAGGUGAAAACUUUGAAAAUGAAUACAGUUUUUGUUACAAUGCGACAUGGCGGGACAGGUCGUGGUUGAAUGGUAACAUACCUGGUUUGGAGCUGAAAACCCCUCCACGAAAAGACACCAUCAUAGUCCCCAACGGGGGAUACGCGGUAAUCCGAUUCAAGGCAAACAACCCUGGUCUCUGGAUUAUUCAUUGUCAUAUUGAAAUGCAUUCCUUAAAAGGAAUGGCGUUAUUACUAAAUGAAUCUUUCCCUUUUGUACCCAAUGCUCCGAAAAACUUUCCAGAAUGUAGAAAUUUUGAUGCAACAGAUGUUUAUUUACAUUGAUAAACGUUGAAAGAUCAGUAUGUUCAUUGUACAUGUAUAGGUGUUGAAAACUUUUUGGAAGUAUAUAUGUUAGAAUGAGUGAAUAGUCAUAUACAUAAAAAUCAUGUCCUUGAUA